AUGGCUCGACGAAUGAUUAUCAGACGGCAGCGGCGAUCGCCUCGACUUACCGGUUUACGUAGAGAGGAGAUCAACCAGCUGGAGAAAAAAAUCUUCAGAGUUUUGAGAUCGAACAAAGAAAGCAAGUGCCCGAUCUGCUUGGAAGAAUUCAAGUCUGGAGACGAGAUUUUCCGACUCCCGAUUUGCAAGCACGACUUUCACAGGAACUGCAUUCGACCUUGGCUCAAAAAGCGUCGAACUUGUCCAAUCUGCCGAUCGGAUGUUCUUCAGUCCAAGAUCAAAGAAAUCAACAAUAACAACAACAACAACAACAAUAAUGAUGAAGAUGACGAAAACAACUACGAAUACGUUAUAAUCCCGAUCUACUAA